AUGGCCAUAAAAAAAUCAAAAAAAUCAGCCGAAUCUAUUAAUUCUCGUCUACAACUUGUUAUGAAAAGUGGGAAAUACACUUUAGGGUAUAAAUCUACACUUAAAACUUUACGUCAAGGCAAAGCCAAACUUGUUAUCAUCUCUGGCAAUUGUCCACCUUUGAGAAAGCAUGAAUUAGAAUAUUAUGCAAUGCUUUCAAAAACUUCAGUACAUCAUUACGCUGGCAACAACAUUGACCUUGGUACUGCUUGUGGUAAAUAUUUCCGUGUUGGAGUUUUAAGCAUCACAGAUGCAGGUGACUCGGAUAUUCUUUCUAGCUCCUCUUCUUAG